UAUCUUUCCUUUCAUUUGUUCAAUUCAUACUUUGGCAACACCUUGUCAAGCCGUAGCCAACAGAGAGUUUUAUCAUCGUGUAAUGUCUGUAUUCUAAAUUAAAAAAUGGCAAGAGGUCCGAAGAAACACUUGAAAAGACUAAAUGCUCCCAAAUCAUGGAUGCUGGACAAAAUUGGUGGCGUUUUCGCACCAAGACCCAGCACUGGCCCCCAUAAACUUAGAGAGUCUCUACCAUUAAUAAUCAUGCUAAGAAACAGGUUAAAGUAUGCUUUGACCAAUUCUGAAGUAACAAAAAUUGUUAUGCAACGUCUCAUUAAAGUAGAUGGAAAAGUGCGUACUGAUAGCAACUUCCCUGCAGGCUUUAUGGAUGUUAUCACUAUCGAAAAGACUGGAGAAUUCUUCAGGCUUCUGUAUGAUGUAAAGGGUAGAUUCAUUUUGCACAGAAUAACAGCUGAAGAAGCAAAAUAUAAACUCUGCCGUGUGAAACGAGUCCAAGUUGGUCCUAAGGGUAUCCCAUUCUUAGUAACACACGACGGUCGAACAAUAAGGUAUCCAGAUCCUCUUAUCAAGGUCCAUGAUACUAUUCAGCUGGAUAUUGCUACAGGAAAAAUUAUGGAUUUUAUUAAAUUUGAUAUUGGUAAUUUGGUCAUGGUGACUGGUGGUCACAACUUGGGAAGAGUCGGUACCAUCACAUCUCGAGAAAGACAUCCUGGUUCUUUUGAUAUUGUCCACGUGAAAGAUUCACAGGGACACAGCUUUGCUACCAGGUUAAAUUAUGUGUUCGUCAUCGGAAAGAGUAACAAACCAUUCAUCUCCCUGCCCAGAGGCAGAGGUGUCAAACUCUCUGUUGCAGAAGAAAGAGACAGAAGGUUGGCUGCAAAAUCCCAGCACUAAUGUAAUAAAUUGAAGGAAAAAAAUAAAAACUUUUCAAAAAAUUG